AGGCAGCAGUACAGUGCAAGACAUAAAAUUACCAUAAAUUACAGAAAUAAAUAGAGCAAGGAAAAAGGAAUAAUGAAUAGUGAGUCGCAGACAAUUUGAGUUGUUGGGCACUGUUAAGAUGGAACAAUCAGAUUUGUUUGCAGUUUUGCCCAGAUGAGCAAUUCUCCCCUCUCUUUGGCGAAUAGUUUAUCACUCUGCCUUAACUGAAGGUACUGAGAAGCUGCAGUUUUGCUCAGAUGAGCAAUUCUCCUCUGUCUUUGGCGAGUUGUUUGUCUCUGCCCUCAGUGAAGGUGCUGGAAGUUGCUCCCAUUCACCCCUCCACAGCCACCGACACAGGGCGCCUGCGCAAACCCCGUACCCUUCCCCCCCGGAAGUGGAAGGGUCGCCGCCAGAGGACGGGGAGGCUGAGGAUGGGGAGGAGUUGUGAUGAUGGGCGGCUCCAGCUGGUAAAAGAACAUGAAACAGGCCAUCUCGCAUCAAGGAAUGAUAAUCUCUGCCCACUUGACCAAAGAACCAAGCUCAGUUUUUAUUGAUUUAUUCUUAUCUUCUGGGAACAAUGGUGAAGUAUUUUCUGUGUCUGAAUGACCUGAAGAGUUCAUGGGACCAAGUAUUUGCUGCAUUCUGGCAGCGCUAUCCCAACCCUUACAGCAAACAUGUACUUACAGAGGAUGUAAUCCAUCGCGAGGUAACACCUGACAGGGUGAUUUCCCGAAGACUACUCACCAAGACGAGUAUAGUCCCUCGGUGGGCAGAGAGAUUAUUUCCUUCUAAUGUUGCCCACUCAGCCUUCGUUCUAGAAGAUUCGGUAGUGGAUUUAAAACACAAAACUUUGACUACGUUUACCCGGAACAUCAAUCAUUCAAGGCUUAUGGUCGUACAGGAGUGUUGCGUAUAUGGAUUACAUCCUGAGAAUAUGAACUGGACUCAAAUUAAACGUGAGGCUUGGAUUUCUUCAAACUUGUAUGGCUUCUCACUCGCUAUUCAGGAAUGCGGCCUUGCCAGCUUUAAGAACAGCAUAACUAAAACCAUGAAAGGUUUUGAGUACGUUCUGGCUAGAAUGCACGGUGAAACACCAAUGAAGACAUUGAGGGAGACUGCUAAAGAAGCAACCGAGAAGGCUAAGGAAACAGCCCUGGCAGCUACAGAAAAAGCAAAGGAUCUAGCCAGCAAAGCAGGACCGCAGAAGAAAAAGCAAUAUGUCUAAGACUUUCACCCUUCAUUGUGUGCGAAAAUGCAAAAAUCAAUUAGUGGAGUCUGGUAUGCAGAGCAGUCACAUGACCAUCAACUGUUGAAUGCAAUUUCACUUGGAAUUUUUAUAGAAAUUUAAUCAAUCAGUCCAAUGGAUUUAGUGGAAUGGAUCCUAAUGAGGCUAUUGACACUAUCUAUGUGAAAUAUUUAUCAUUAAUGAAACAAAACCAAUGAAGUAAUUUUAAAUCAGUAUUUCCAAAUUUAAGAUAAUUUCAAGCUAUUUUGAAGUAUUUCAAAUUAAAAACAGUUUCUCUGGUCCCUGGGCAAGCUUGUCAAAAUUUAUUAUUUGCAGAAUUUUGUUUUAAAAGCUGUUGGGGGUUGGGUGGGGGAGGGAAGAAUAAGAGAACCAUUUCUUUGAAAAAAAUAUGGUUGUGGGUUGGUGCAAUAAAGAGAAAAGUAUUGUGAUGCAAGAUAAUUAAAUACAUGUACUGUAAGUAUGCUUUUAUCUAGUGCAUCUUUACCAAAACUGGAUAUUCUUCAGAUCAUUGCAACUGAAUUUGUAAUCAGAUCUGCCUCAAUGACCCCCUCUACUGAGAAACUGGCUAAUCUGUUCCCCACAGUGACACAAGAUUUUUAUCUGCAUUUCAACCUGUCACCAAUGUUACUACUUUUUCCAAACCCCAUUGUAAUUACCUUUGGGACAGGGAAACAUUUGAUUGAUUGUUGAUGUGUGUUGGAGCAAGAGUCUGUAAUACUCAAAUCACAUAAAACCUCACAAAAUAAGCUAGAGGUUCUCUGUGCCUGGUUUGGGACCAGUAAUGUAUUUCCAUUUAAUUUUAACUCUUUGAUUUUCCUCUUUGGUUCCUUGCGCCAGAAGGUGGGUAGUUCAAUCUCAACAGCUCUAUCUGUUAACUUCAGCUCUGUAUCAAAGUAGAGCCUUCGUUGAAUUUGGAGACAAAUCUUUAAAAUUCAAGUUGAAGGCACAACAGAUUGAUGUGCUCAACAACUCUGGGGGGGAAAAAAACAGCAGGAAUUGUGGCAUUUACUAAUUAUAAAUACAUU